GUGGAUAGUGGACAUUAAUUGUUAGCUUAUUGACAAAAAUGUUUUUGUCUUGUAUUUUAAAAAUAUAAUUAUAAGCGAUUUAUUAGAAAAAUCUUGUGGGAUUGCUUUUAUAAUAAAUACCUCAAUAAUUACUGUCCAGUAUGGCUGCUCUCAAUCAUGUAUUACAAAGUAUAAUAACAAGAAAAAAUGAAUUUUGUUGCUUAUGCUUAAAAGUAAUCAAGGAAAACUCUGUGACUGUACAGGACGAAGUUAUAUUAAAAGAAGAUGACAAAGACUGCGCUAUUAAGAUAUUUGAUGUUUUAACUUUCAUCCUCGGUUCCGAAACGUGCAACAAUAUAUCUGCUUUUGAAUUCUUAUGUAAGCAGUGUACUCAUUCAGCGGUUACAUGCUACAAGUUCAUUACAACAUGUAAAGGGAAUUUUGAAGUACUCAGUAAGGCUCUAUGUAGUCUAAAUUCUUGUUUCGAUAGUAUUGCCGAAAACAAUUACAAAUGCAAUGCAUUGUAUGUGACAUUAGAUUCUAAUAAUUAUUCUACUCAAGAAUACUAUGAUGAUAAUCAUUCUAUUUCAUCUACUACAAAUGCAUUUAAAAGAUUCCAAUGUAUAAUCGAUAAUCACUCUAGUUUCAAUAUAAACACAGAAAUGCAAAUAAAAAAAGAAAGUAUAACUAUGCCAGAACCAACUCAAAAAAGAAAAAGAAGAGAUUAUUUCUCUGUUCCUAUUAAAACAUACGAAAUGCUUUAUGACAAAAAUGAUCACACAAAUUUGAAGUGUAAAGUUUGCUUCAAGUCAUAUCCUUCUUUGUCAAACUUGAGAAACCAUUUCAUUAGAGUUCAUGCUCCAAAAGAUUACCAAUGUUCCAUUUGUAAUAGAAAAUUUGGUUCCAUAGCUCUUGUAGAAUCUCAUAAAAGUGAGAGUCAUUGCACUCUUAUUUGCAUAGAGUGCGGGAAAACAUUCCACAACCGUCAUACACUGAAAAUGCAUGAAAUUAGCCAUCAUUUAAAACUCGUCUGUCAAAAUUGUGGACGAAUUUAUAGAAGCCAGACAACAUUUAAAAAACAUAUAGAGUUGAAUAUCUGUGGUCAAAAUACUAGAGCUUCUCCGGCUGAUGCUAAGUUCACCUGUGACUACUGCAACAAAAAAUAUACUCAGAAGGUAUCCUUACGAGUUCACAUACAACAUGAACAUGGAAAUUAUAAGGGUCAUGAAUGUAAAUGGUGUAAUAAGAAAUUUUGGGCUAAAAGCAGAUUGAAUGCACACAUAGUCAAACACACACAAGAAAAGAAAUUUCAAUGUACUACAUGUGGAGGUAAAUUUGUAUCUAAAGAGUCAUUAUUGUAUCACACACGCACUCACACAGGCGAGAAACCAUACAAAUGUCGCUUCUGUGAUAUUAAAUUCUUGUCUGCAUCAAGAAGAGCAGAUCACACUAAACGUCACCAUUCUGAUGUAAUAUAUAAAUGUGAUGUUUGUAAUGUAAAGUAUACAACACAGGUGUGUUUAGACAAGCAUAAGAAAACACAUGAAAACUCAAAUAAAUGCUUACAAUUACCAGAAGAGGAUAAAAUUUUCUUGGAGAUGUCUGAUGAGGAAGAAUACAAUUUAACUCAACAUAUAAGUUGAACAGAUGUUGGAAAAUUAUAAAAUAUUAU